AUGGGUACAACUCGUGGGGUACAAGGGGGUACAACUCGUGGGGUACAACUCUUGGGGUACAAGGGGGUACAACUCGUGGGGUACAACUCUUGGGGUACAAGGGGUACAACUCGUGGGGUACAACUCUUGGGGUACAACUCUUGGGGUACAAGGGGUACAACUCUUGGGGUACAAGGGGUACAACUCGUGGGGUACAACUCUUGGGGUACAACUCUUGGGGUACAAGGGGUACAACUCUUGGGGUACAAGGGGUACAACUCGUGGGGUACAACUCUUGGGGUACAAGGGGGGUACAACUCGUGGGGUACAACUCUUGGGGUACAAGGGGUACAACUCGUGGGGUACAACUCGUGGGGUACAACUCGUGGGGUACAACUCGUGGGGUACAACUCGUGGGGUACAACUAGUGGGGUACAAGGGGGUACAACUCGUGGGGUACAACUCGUGGGGUACAACUCGUGGGGUACAACUCUUGGGGUACAAUGGGUACAACUCGUGGGGUACAAGGGGGUACAACUCGUGGGGUACAAGGGGGUACAACUCGUGGGGUACAACUCGUGGGGUACAAGGGGGUACAACUCGUGGGGUACAACUCGUGGGGUACAACUCUUGGGGUACAAUGGGUACAACUCGUGGGGUACAAGGGGGUACAACUCGUGGGAUACAAAGGUUACAACUCGUGGGGUACAACUCGUGGGGUACAACUCGUGGGGUACAACUCGUGGGGUACAAGGGGUACAACUCGUGGGGUACAACUCGUGGGGUACAACUCGUGGGGUACAACUCGUGGGGUACAAGGGGGUACAACUCGUGGGGUACAACUCGUGGGGUACAACUCGUGGGGUACAACUCGUGGGGAACAACUCGUGGGGUACAAAGGAUACAACUCGUGGGGUACAACUCGUGGGGUACAACUCGUGGGGUACAACAGCUAGGGGUGUCCAUUAG